CAAAUGCUUCCAUUCGUCAAAUCCAUUGAUUCGUCCUUUGACGUAUACUUUGAACCCCUUCAAGGAACUUUGACGCGUUUGUCAAUUUUAUCGUAUUCAGUAUUGUGUAAAUGUGAAUUUAGAAAUGUAUACAGUUUUAAGGCGAUGUUAUCAACGCGAAAGUUUGAUCUGUCGGAUCAAGUUUAUAGCAGAACCAUGCGUCGAAUUAUUCGCAUCGAAAACCAGCCGCCCACUCGAAAUCCAGAUGAGGGUGCCAUGUUGAUACCUCUCAAUACCAACGGUCCAAGCGAAGAUCUUUUGUUUGCGGCUCAAAUGAAUCAAAAUCAAAAUAAAUGA